GAUCGGACUGUAUAGCCCAAUAGUCCUGCCUUAGUGAUGUUUAUGACAAUACGGUGUAAUUAAUAUCAGACUCAUAUCCGAUCUUUCUUGACAAAAUGAUGACCUCCAAGACCCACUCAAGGGGUGAUUUAAUAUCAUGAAGAAACAAAGACUAGAAUUUCAUAAUCUCUAUAGAUAAUUCUAUCUGCGCCAAUGGCGACAAAUCUCCUCACCGUUGUGUCAGGUCUUCAUCUGAUUUUUACAAUCGCAUCAUUUGCUUUUCUUUCUCUUAAAGUCUAUCACCUCGAGUGUGAGCUUUCCUUAAUUCGAGGAAAAGUUUCGUUAACUGCGGAAGGCGAUGUAAAAGUGACCGAAGUGACCCCGCUGUCUGCAGAUUCAAAUAAUGAAGAGCUCAGAAGUGAAAGAAAUCGUCGAGAUCAUCAACAGAAGCUCAAAUCAUAUACAGGAGACAACCUCAAGGCAGCAUGUGUCCAGAAGUUGUUGGGCGAUCUUCAGGUAUCAAAUUGUUUCCCUUCAAUUUGUAGCAUUUUUGUACAAUUACUGAGCGAUCGAGUUGCCAAUUUCCGUUUGGACAUAUCUAGGUAGUGCGUCAGUGUUGCGAGUGUGCGAGAGUGCGUACGUGAUUACUAGCCCUAGCACCCAUAAUUAAACUAUAGAAAAAGCGCAAAAAUGUGGAAUUAAGCAGUGCAUUAGAAGAGUGCAGCAAGUUUUAGACCUUCGGCAUGAUUUUCUUUGAAUACCAAUUUCCAUGACCCGUUGAGUAAUUAUAUAACAUCCACGAUGGGAACCAUUUUGAACUGAUGGCACAGCAUAUCUCGUCAUGUUCUCCCUAUUUUACCACGUGUUGCUAGUCAAAUCACUGAAAAACCUACCUAGACUGUUUCCCUUCCCUGAUUUCAAGUGAUAAUCCUGAUCUUGGUAUCUAAGCACCAAGGAGGGCUGGGUAGAGGUGGAGGCGGGAUAGAAGAUACAUUUGAUACUCUUUUACUCUUUUACUCCUUUACAGCAUUGCAGAAAGCGCUCGUCGAUUUGACGAUGAUAUGAAAAAGUAGAGGAUUGUAAACAGUCUUUCCCUCAAUUAAGAAAACAUAAAGGAAAUUCCGUCGUGAGCUUCCGGAGUCUCGGUAGACUAACUGUCAAUAUAUGUUCACAGUGUAGGUUGCACUAGUACUAGGCUGAGUCAUCAACUGAACACAGUCGGCCCACUCCAUUACAGUUUAACUUAUUUGAAUCUAAGGACCUCUUGCCUCUUUGCCUUAUAGGUAACGUAUGUGCCGUCCUAAAGGGUAUGGUUUGUGCGCCUUUUUGGUCUGAAAACGGCGGGUAAAGGCUUUGCCUAUUUUCGUCUGAAUUAGGGUAUGUUUUUCCAGGGCCUGAAUACGGGUCGGAGUGCAUGAACGUAUUUGUCGUUUUAAGUCCGAAUGAAUAAGAAAGCCGAAAGAGCAAUAUGCGAAUUUGAAAUGGAUUUUAAGAAAUCUUUUUGUUGGCGUUCUAAUCUAAGUAAUUAUAACAUAAUUUCUGCCUACGCUAGGUAUGAGAACGGGCGUGGGUCGAAUUUUGGUUUGAGACAGUAUUGUCGAGAUUUAUAGAACCAGAUUGUACAUCCCCAACACGAAUUCCCAGGAAUACCUCCCACGGGUACUGUACAAAUGUUUGUGAUCAUGCGAGAGAGAGAGCCUGCAGUGAAGGCGUAUUUUGGGCGGGCGAAAGGUGCUUGUUUAUGUUUGUACUGUUGUAACCACUAUCUUUGUUAUUAAGGAGGAAGAUUAGGGAGAGUAAAAACUAUUUUCUCCCCUUUUUUCGAGUUUCAACAUGCGCUUUAGUUCGCAAGCAAAACAUUCGCGCGCCGGAAGAAAACGCCUGCACUGCAGGCUAGCUAGAGAUGGAUUAGAAUGAAAAUACCAAAUAUCUUGGUAUUCGUUUUGAGUUAUUUCUUACCAAUCUUGUAAAUAAUUGACUUGCAAUAACUUGUGUCACGUUUAUAUUAUUAUGGCCUGGAAUAAUUUUUUCUUCAGGUCAUCGAUGAUGCAAUCAAUGGAACUGGAAAACUUGUCUGUAUGAGAGGUCAGUACAAAUUAAUCCAAAAAGCAUCCUUGAUCGACGUAUCGGUCGGCGUGUCGGUAGAGUGUCGGUCGAAUGUCGGUCAAGUAUCGGUCACAGUGUGUGGCCGAUAGUUUCCAGUUCGAAACAGAAACGUUACUCUGAGGUUCCCUUUCAGGUCCUCAAGGCCCACCAGGACAACCAGGUCCACGAGGUCAUCGCGGUAAAACAGGACCACCAGGUUUACCCGGUCGUCGUGGCCGUCCAGGAAUGCCUGGCAAAAACGGAUCUCCUGGAAGGAGAGGUCCUCGAGGGAAACCAGGAAAGGGUUCCCAUGUUAAUGUUACCGAGAUUGAAAACCUUCUGGAAAUAUUGAAGACAUACAGUCCUGAGGAUAUAACAUUGUUUGGUUAGUACAAAUCCUUUUGAAAGAUAUUCGAGAGUGCAGAUCAGUUUCUCUCCAUCCUUUAUUUUAGUAGUUAGUGGCUUAAUUUUUUUCUUAUGUACACCCAACAGCUCCGCCUCGAUUUACAAAGAAACCCCCUUCUUUCAUUGUCAUUAAGGAGGGUGGUAAUGUGUCAUUCAGUUUUUCUACAUCCGGGAAUCCGGCACCCAAGAUCACGUGGUCUAUGCAGCGUAAAAGCCGAGAAAGCCCAGCUCGAUUCAGGAUACUAGAUGACAAGUUUGAGAUGGACAAUGUCCGCUUCGAAGACGAGGGAUUAAUCACUUGUCAUGCUGAAAAUAUGUUUGGUGUUGAAGUAUCCAAAGUGAAUCUGACUGUUUUAGGUGAGUUGUUAUCAUUGUUUAUUUCAAAACGUGGCAUACCCUGAGGAGUGCGUGACAAACAGACCAUUUAGGAGGAAGGAUUACCACAGUUAGUGCUCGCGCGUUCUUCCUUCCUUUUCGUGUAGCUGCAAGCAGCUUCAAAUACCCGUAAAACGGAGCACUGAUGAAGAGAGGGGGCGGGGUAAAAUGAGCGCACCGUCGGCCUCAGGUUUAUUAGUCAGAUGACUAUGUUGAGCUACUGACGUAAAGUAAGGACUCUUCAGUUUAAGCAUCUCCAUAAUUGCGUUAUGUUUAGACUUGUGGUAAGUAUUCUUCUUCCAUCUUUGAAUAAGUGUUCCUUGAUGACUUUAAAAGCGCGUGUUUAACCUUUUUUGCUUCUCUUUUUCUUUUCCUCUGCAGGAGCGCCAAGGUUUCCCAAGUCCCCUCCAGUAAAAUUGUACGGCUUCUUAGGUACAGAAACAAAAGUGGAAUGUGACCUUUUUGGAAACCCCACCCCUGAAGUUCAAUGGAACAGAUCUCCCUCGUCCGCUCUCCCUCUGGGACGUAGCGAGGUAAAAAAAGACGGGCUUUAUAUUAACAACACUAAGAAAGAGGACGAGGGCAUUUACACGUGUCUUGCGACGAAUGAAUAUGGUAUGGUCAUCCCUGGAACAUAUCUCAUAGUCAAGGCAGUGCGUAAGAGUAAGAACUUAGAAAAUUAACUACAAAGGACCGUAAACGAAUAUGCCGCAGAACGAAGUAUCUGCAGAAGAACUGAUCAGCAAAAGUCUACAAAGUUGGACUACCACUGUUCUUUAAUAAUUUCUCAAGUACUAAAGCCAAUACUUUGGUCCUUUGGCAACCACGUGGAAGUCAUCUAAACCUUUCAUUUAUUUUUAUUAUUAUAAUGAUUAUUGUUCCAUCAUUAUGAUUAUUUCCAUCGUUAUUUUAGUUUUCGAUACCAUUAUCAUUAUCGCGAUCGUUAACGUUUUCACUGUUAUUCAAAACACUGCCUGUCCUCUUCAAGCCACAAGUCAGGUCUUUGCUUUGGUUCCAAUCGAGUUGCAAGAACAUGGUAGACAAAGAGGCCACUUGGUGAAUGUGCUACCGUGAUAUUUAUCCAUUUACAUGCCAUGGUCAAGUCUUUCAUUCGACAACAUACCAAUAAGCACUUUGCACCUGGUCAUUCAUGUGGUACUAAACUGCUUGCAGUCCGUCCACCUCUUAGGCUGAAUUUCAUCCGAUUACUUCGAGUCGUUAUUACUCCCUCAGUAACGUCUGAAUCGACCGGCCGUUAAUACCGUCCAGUGACGUCACUACUCCUUUGCUUUUAUUCAUGCAAAAAGUUAAACACUAUUUUCAAGUGGCAAACCAAGAAAAAUCGUUUGGAAAUGUCUGCAUGAUACAGAAUGGCUUUACUUUUUUCGAUCGUAAUUCAUGUUUAACGUUCAAACUAUCAACUGCAUGCAGUAACUCUGAACCGGUUGUAAUUCCAUAAUCAAACUUGGUCGCAAUCACGCAAUGAAAUGAUACACACACGGAACACUUAGUUCAAAAACACAAUGAUUUGCUUUAACUGAAAAGAAACCACUUAGUCCUUUUCGAAGAAAAAAGAAAACAAGGAAACAAGAAAGAAAAGCUAACAGAAUCAUUACAACUGACAGUGAAAAUAGCUAGAAGGUCGAAUUACAACAUUGGUCUCAUGGAACUUUCCAUCAACAAAAUCACUGCCGCAACCACAAAGUGGUUCUAAAUGAAAAACCUACCGACUCUUAGCAAUGAUUCUUCAUUCGCAGUUCAAUUUCACUUUUCAGUUUCGAAGAUGAGGGCAACUUUGCUGUUUACGAUAAAGAUUAUCGAAAUGUUUGAAGUCCACUAAAACAUACCAGGGAUCUGAUCUGCUUAUAGAAUUAUCAAGCGACAAUCCCGCUAAAACUUCUCUUAAUUAUGCAUAAUUAUGCGGAUGUUUAGACAAUCAACCAAUCAGAAUCACUACCCGGUUUUAGGGUAGUGAUGACGUCACUGGACUGCAUUAACGGCUGGUCGAUUCAGACGCUGCUGAGAGGAGAAAACGACUCGAAGCAAUCGGAUGAAAUUUAGGCUAUCCACCUCUCAAAAUCCGUAUAGUUCUUCUCCCAGUCAAAAACGCUUCUGUUUAUCGCGGCUCGCGUGCAUGGUUUACGUGUGGAGUAGCUUUGCAAAGCCAAAAAAGAGACUGCUCGCUAUGCACAUGGCACAAACCUCCAUGCUGGAGACGCACUGGGACAAGACAAACGAAGGGAAUUUGCCAUUAUAAACGAUGUGAUCGCACUUCAGAUGUGGUCUCUCUCCAACAAGGCGGUUUUGUACCACGUGAAUGACUAGCUGCAAAGGGCCUAUUUGACCACUGACAAAGUAAACCAGACUUUUAUUUAAUCUUCAUUCAGAACCACCUGUGUUUACAGUAACACCACCUGAAGCAGUCAAUAUAUCCGGUGUAGAGGAACCAGUUAGAAUCAACUGCUCAGCUACAGGAUCCCCUUUACCCAAAAUCACGUGGUACAAGUACAAUAUUACCUUACCAGCGAACAUUUACAUCAACGAUGACGAAGUAACUAGCGAGCUCGUGAUUGGUCAGCCUAAGCCUUCGCUCCAGAACACAUAUACAUGCGUUGCUCGUAACUUGUAUAACGACGAAGUAAAGACAACUACAAAGAUAGGUGAGACUCGUACUUUGAAAUGUAAGCGGGAUACCUUACGAGAAGAUGCCCUUUGAUUCCUGCUGAUUCCUCUUGGGGAUUAACAAAGCGAGUUAACAAGGAGAUCACAAGUGAAACCUCUAGCUACUUGCGGGUUUAAUUUAAGAGACGGCAGUCAUUUGAGACUAAAUAUGAAAACAAGUCCACUCGCUAUUGCGCUGCAUUUGUGUAUGUAAUAAGACUUCAUUUUGCCUGUCCAAUUUAGAAAUAAUUGGAUGUAAAAAAAAAUUCCGAGGACAACCACGGCUUUUCACACUUUGCCAUUUUCUAAUCUUUCUGAGUGGUAACGACAUACACAGCAACAAGAAGCCGAUAGCGUUCGCUGACGAAUCGCCGUCAGCUAACAAAACUUUUUAGGCCUGUUGACAGAUUGAUUUUGCCCUGAUCGGCUAAUUUGUAGAGCCUGUUUUAUUUUCUGGCAUUUAAUUGGCUCAGACAAGCUGUCCUAUUUUUCUUAAACUGGACAGUUCGCCUAUUUCUAAAAGAGAGUCCUAUCUCAAACUGUCAAAAAAUCAAUCCUUAAUUAAGGUGGCUAAACACAGUUUUGGCAGUUUUUGAUUAUAUGUCAUUUGCCAAAUCAUGGCAAGAGAAAGGUUGCUGCUCACAAGCUGAGACUUGGCAAGUGAAAAGUGUACUGAUAAAAGAUUUUGAUUGACAGGUAAAAAAUGUCGUUUUCGUAGUUUCCAUGGCAACAUGAACUAUUGAUUACAACCUUAAAUUUUCACUUUUUCUCAGUUUACAUAAAACUUGCUCAUUAGAUUUUCCUAUUAACUUGCACACAGCUUACUAUAAUUGAUCAUCACCAUUUGAAACUUAUUUGACCAAAUUUUAACAGAGGGGUUUUUAGAUAAUCAAUAAUUUAAUUGUACUGUAAUUAUUAAAUGUGUCAAAAAAUUCGUCUGUUCAACUUCCGUUUUAAAGUUGAGUAGAUUUUGAGAAAUCGUCUUCUGUGUACCAUUGCUUUUUCGCCGCCAUGUUUGUUUGUCUAAUUUAAAACACUCGCCGUCACGCAAGUUACCGCUGACCAUCCGCAAAACUGUGUUCAGCCACCUUAAACAGCGUUUAAAAAAUCAAAAGAUUAUAGUCAGAUUAACUACCAGCUGUAUAAUUGAUUUUUGUAACAUCAUUAUACCUGCACUAAGAAGUUAAAUCAAAAACACUGUUUUCAUAUAUACCAUUCCGGGAGCAUUUUGGAGAAAUGUAUUACCGCGCGCUGAUGAAAAACUAUGAAUUUUUGGUAUUUAUAACUCACGUCUUGAAUGCUACAACCAUCCAGCCUUUCCUUUCUGUUUUUCAGUUUUACGCGCCUGGGGGUGACCCAGGAAAACCAGAUAAUGCAAUUAUUGUCAACCAGAGCAAGAAUUACUGGACAGGACAGUAUGUCAGAUACCUCUGUAAUCCGGGUUAUGCCAUGGUUGGUCCUGCUGUCAGAAGAUGCUUGGUCGGCGGCAAGUGGAGUGGAAAUGUACCAACAUGUAAGACUUAGGUCAUUAAGAAAGUGUGAUGGAGUAUGCUACCUAAACGUCUUAAUAGGCAAUUUCAGAGAUCCAGGAACUCUCACUUUCAAAACGAGGCUAAGAGCAAAACGUUUCAUUUAAAAAUGAGUUUUACACAUCAUUUUCUUAUCCAUGGCUUCGCACUCAGUCUCGCUUUGAAGCAGACGCAUGGGGAAACUCGUAUUAUGGCUUAUUAUGCCGGAAAUAUAUUUUCCUUUCCCUACCACUGAGGACUGAUAAAAGUUCUUAAAAGUGACUUAGUAUUUAAAAAAAUCAAUUCGCUUCACCGACACUUUAUUUUGUUGUCCUUUGUUUGUUUGUUUGUUUGUUUGUUUUCAGGUACAGAAAAACCUGAAUGCGAGCCUUACUGGACCAUAGAUGACAACACCAGACGAAAAAGCUUCACGGCGUCCCGGACCAAUAGAAAUGACUACUAUUUGGCUGAAGGAUGGUACAGGUUUAUAUCAGGCAAACAAGUGUCCACAAGUUGUACUUAUGUAUCUGGCUAUUGCGAUACUUCAUAUGCUGGAUGGUUACAGGGAAGCCAUCCGUCAGUUAAGGAAGGGGUGAUCUCUAGAAAAGUAUGUUUUGGCUAUGCUGGUGGUUAUAGUCGUAACUGUUGUCGUUAUAGUACAUAUAUAAAGAUGCGCAACUGUGGUUCUUUCUUCGUCUACAAACUGAAACCCACACCAAAUUCUAACUGUCGUUAUUGUACUGAAUACUAACAGAGUCAACUUACCAAGCAGCGUACUUAGAUAAUUAUAGAGGAUAUUACAUGGCCGCGCAGAGAUACGAAAUGUCUCUUCAAGUGUGGAAUACGUGAAGAGAAAUGUGGUGUUUUAAGGCGGCCAUACAUUGUUCUAUUCAUUACAUAAACACCAAUGAAAUACCAAACCAUUUCACUUGAAUAUUUUUCUUUGGCUACCGGCGGAAGACGCGAUUUAUCGUGAAACCAUAGCAACGACGGAGAUCUUUUCACGUGUGAAGGUGUCAUAUUUUCGCGGAAGGGUCACCUAGUAUAUCCUUGGUGUUUAAAUAAUAAAAGGUA